UCCAAAAAAGCAAAUGGGCUGCCUCCUUUGAGGGUCUCGCUUUGCGCGAGGUGCUCGCCCCGUAUCUGCCAUGCAAAACGAGGGAGCUUUAUGAAGGAAUCCGUCUUGUAAAGCCAUUGGUCCUGGUCAUCAGCCUCUACCCAAUGCUUUCGUGAUGCUGCCGCUGAUCUAUUUGGGAAGUUGGCUGGCUGGCGAGGCAGAGCCUCUCCUCAAAGCCUGGCUCCCACGGAAAAUAUGCUCAGUGCAGCCUCGUGCAUGAAUGAAAACGCCGCCGGGCUCUUCUAGUCGGGCAAAAUGCAGCCGAGAACUCCGCUUGCCUUGUGUAUUCUCCUGUCCCAGGUGCUGCUGCUAACAUCUGCAGAAGAUUUGGACUGCACUCCUGGAUUUCAGCAGAAACUGUUCCACAUCGAUCAGCCAGUGGAAUUCAUCGAGGACCAGGCGAUUCUGAACUUGAACUUCAGUGACUGUAAGGGAAAUGACAAGCUACACUACGAGGUCUCAAGCCCAUACUUCAAGGUGAACAAUGAAGGUGGCUUAGUCGCCCUGAGGAACAUAACUGCGGUGGGCAAGACCCUUUUCAUCCAUGCCCGGACUCCCCAUGCGGAAGACAUGGCAGAACUCGUGAUUGUCGGGGGGAAAGACAUCCAGGGCUCCUUGCAGGAUAUAUUUAAAUUUGCAAGAACGUCUCCUGUCCCAAGACAAAAGAGGUCCAUUGUGGUAUCUCCCAUUUUAAUUCCAGAGAAUCAGAGACAACCUUUCCCAAGAGACGUUGGCAAGGUAGUCGAUAGUGACAGACCGGAAGGGUCCAAGUUCCGGCUCACUGGAAAGGGAGUGGAUCAAGAGCCUAAAGGGAUUUUCAGAAUCAAUGAGAACACGGGCAGUGUCUCCGUGACACGGACCUUGGACAGAGAAGCGAUUGCUACUUAUCAGCUAUUUGUGGAGACCACUGAUGUCAACGGCAGAACUCUUGAGGGGCCAGUCCCUCUGGAAGUCAUUGUGAUUGAUCAGAACGACAAUAGACCAAGCUUUAGAGAGGGCCCCUAUGUUGGCCAUGUCAUGGAAGGAUCGCCUACAGGGACCACAGUGAUGCGGAUGACAGCCUUCGACGCGGACGACCCGGCCACAGAUAACGCCCUCCUGAGGUAUAAUAUCCGCCAGCAGACGCCUGACAAGCCGUCUCCCAACAUGUUCUACAUCGAUCCUGAAAAAGGAGACAUCGUCACCGUGGUGUCACCGGCACUGCUGGACCGGGAGACUAUGGAAAAUCCCAAGUAUGAGUUGAUCAUCGAGGCUCAAGAUAUGGUUGGACAGCUUUAUGGAUUACUAGGCACAGCCACAGCGACAAUCCUGAUUGAUGACAAAAAUGACCACUCACCAGAAUUCACCAAGAAAGAGUUUCAAGCCACAGUUGAGGAAGGAGCCGUGGGAGUUAUUGUCAACUUGACAGUUGAAGACAAGGAUGACCCCACCACGGGCGCGUGGAGGGCUGCCUACACCAUCAUCAAUGGAAACCCUGGCCAGAGCUUCGAAAUCCACACCAACCCCCAGAAUAACGAGGGGAUGCUUUCCGUCGUCAAGCCUCUGGACUAUGAGAUUUCGGCCUUUCACACCCUGCUGAUCAAAGUGGAAAACGAGGACCCGCUGGUACCCGACGUGUCCUACGGCCCCAGCUCCACAGCCACCGUCCACAUUACCGUCCUGGAUGUCAACGAGGGCCCGGUUUUCUACCCCGACCCCAUGAUGGUGACCAGGCAGGAGAACAUCUCCGUGGGCAGCGUGCUGCUGACGGUGAACGCCACGGACCCCGAUUCCCUGCAGCAUCAAACCAUCAGGUAUUCUGUCUACAAGGAUCCAGCAGGCUGGCUGAACAUUAACCCCAUCAACGGGACUGUGGACACCACCGCCGUGCUGGACCGCGAGUCCCCAUUUGUCCACAACAGCGUCUACACUGCCCUCUUCCUGGCCAUCGACAGUGGCGACCCGCCUGCCACCGGCACUGGGACUUUGCUGAUCACCCUGGAGGACGUGAACGACAACGCUCCCUUCAUCUACCCGACAGCGGCCGAAGUCUGCGAUGAUGCCAAAAACCUCAGCGUAGUCAUCUUGGGAGCAUCGGACAAGGAUCUGCACCCAAAUACAGAUCCUUUCAAAUUUGAAAUCUAUAAGCAAGCUGUUCCUGAUAAAGUCUGGAAGGUCUCCAAGAUCAACAACACGCAUGCCCUGGUAAGCCUUCUUCAAAACCUGAACAAAGCCAACUACCAGCUGCCCAUCAUGGUGACAGAUUCAGGGAAACCGCCCAUGACGAACGUCACAGACCUCAGGGUACAAGUGUGUUCCUGCAAGAAUUCCAAAGUGGACUGCAACGCCGCGGGGGCCCUGCACUUCAGCCUGACCUCAGUCCUGCUCAUCUCCCUCUUCAGUUUAGCUUGUCUGUGAGAACUCCUGACAUCUGACGCUUGACUACCAAGUUUCCAUAGCAACAGG